AUGAAACGUCUUCGUCAAGUCGUUGGUCAGCGGUUGUUCGAGAUGAUCAUGAAGGCCACCUUCUACGGGCAGUUUGUCGCCGGCGAAGACCAGAACAAGAUUCGACCUACAAUCGAGAGGUUGCGUUCAUUUGGUGUGAAGUCGAUUUUGGAUUAUUCGGUUGAAGAGGACCUCUCUCAGGAAGAAGCUGAGAAGCGCGAAGUAAGCGCCUCCAUCUCUGUUUGCGGUGACACUGAAGAGGAAGGACAGCUCAAGCAAUACCACGUGGAACAGCGUUUUGCUGACCGUCGUUACAAGGUGACCAGCGCGAGAACCUACUUCUACCUCAAUGAGGCCUCCUGCGAGAAGAACAUGGAGGCUUUCCUUAAGAGUAUUGACGCUGUUGCUGGCAUCACAGAGAGUACGGGUUUGAUGGCUGUAAAACUGACAGCUCUUGGAAGACCACAAUUACUUCUCCAACUGUCCGAGGUGAUUAUGCGUGCGCGUAACUAUAUGCAGCAAAUAGCAGGUGGCACAGGCAACGUGCUGACCCAUCACAAGACAAUAGAGGACUUCCAGAGGUACCUCGGAGAGCACUCCUCCAAGCCGGAGGUUCAGGACUUUAUGAAGAAGAUCACCUCGGAUAAAGAGGGCAUCGUUCACUUGUUCCCCUGGUCAAACAUCCUCGACAAAGACAUGAAUCUAUCGGACUCGUUCCGUGUGCCCGACCCUAAGUCUGGACAGAUGCGGCGUCUAAUCUCGCAGAUCUCGCCCAAAGAGGAGGAAAUGUUCAGGAACAUGCUCAGGAGAAUCAACCACAUCAUCCAGGUUGCUGCUGAGGCGGAUGUGAGGAUAAUGAUAGAUGCCGAGCAGACGUACUUCCAACCUGCCAUUUCCCGAAUCUGCUUGGAAAUGAUGAGACGCUAUAACAAGGGAAGAUUCGUAGUGUUCAACACUUACCAGACGUACCUGAAGAACACCUACAAUGAGAUCGUGACCGACCUGGAGCAGGCCGAGCGACAGAACUUCUUCUGGGGGGCCAAAUUGGUGCGCGGCGCUUAUAUUGAACAGGAGCGCGCCCGUGCGGCAGCUAUGGGAUACGAAGACCCGAGUUGCGAGAGCGUCGAGGCUACUACUGCCUCCUUCCACAAGUGCCUCAAGGAAAUACUCGGCAGGGUCAAGGGUGAACGCCAACAAAAUCUGGGUAUAAUGGUGGCCUCCCACAACGAAGACACCAUCCGAUACGCCAUCCAACUGAUGAGGGACUACAACAUACAGCCUGACGAGAAGGUUGUGUGCUUUGGACAACUUCUGGGCAUGUGCGACCACAUCACCUUCCCACUUGGUCAAGCCGGCUACUCGGCCUACAAAUACGUCCCGUACGGGCCAGUGCUGGAAGUGUUGCCAUAUCUCUCGCGACGUGCGAACGAGAACCGCGGUUUCCUCGUGAAAAUCAAGAAGGAGAAGGGUCUCUUGCUCAAGGAAAUUUUCCGUCGGAUCGUCACCGGCAAGGCCUUCUACAAACCUGUCGGUAAUUACACGCCCGUGUAG